AUGUCACUCCUACGCUUACCCACCGAAACACUAAGACAAAUCUUUGAUCAACUAGAUUCGUCUUUCUUUCAAGAGGAUCUGGGCCGCCUCACGGUCAACAAGAAGUGGUUCGAUCUCGCUCUACCUGCAUGCCUCAAGUGCAUCGCCCUUUCUCGAGAGGCCCUGUGGAAUCUAGUUGUUUCUAAGGAAACAAAAAGGCCUUCGUCGCUUGAAAACAACCUAGAAGCACUAAGUCUCGAUCUCAGAGGCUACGAUUCCGAUCUCUCUAAUGCGCGGGGUUCGACUUCACAGCCUAGGUCUCCCCAGGAGAACCCGGCCAAGGCGUGGGAAAGGGGCCUAAAUGAUGACCUUUCUCAGCUUGCCGUUAUGGUCCAGCGGUCUCCUAGAUUACGCACAUUACGCGUGCGAGCCUGGAGUUAUCCCUCGGCAUACCGCUUUCCUCUGGAGGGCUAUCUGUCACUAUCUACUAUGCGAGCAUUGCUCUCGGUAGAGAACCUGGGAGUCCUGGUUCUGGAUCUAGCUGGAACUUCUCUAGACCCUUCGGCACAGCAAGUGAAUGAACAUAUCUGCCCAUUCAUUAGCGACCUUCUUCGUACUCUCCAAACACUCCAUUUGCGCAUGCGCAGUAUCUGCCCUGAUGUAUUGAAAAUCCAAGAACCCGAUAAGAAGCUGAGACUAAGCGCUGUGGUCAUCAAUUUGAGUUUGGAUACUCGCCAGUCGGAUAUAACGUCAGCGGCUCAUUCAGUACCAUGUGGCUCUCUGUUUGGCGGAUUGAUCCAACUGAGGGAUGACAUACAGAAACAGGCGGAAGUUCUUGUCACUCACAUGGAGUCCCCAAAAACCAUGAGGAUUCUAACUCACACCCUUCCGCAGUUUGAUACACUAUCGCUGGACGUUUUGACUGGCAAGAUAAUGAGACUGGAAGACGAUGCAUCAUGGGAUGAGGAUGGCAAAACUGUUCGGGAGGACUCGGAGCCAGAGUCCGAAAUUUCAGACGAGGAAUUUGACGGUUUCUUCGAUGAUUGA